AUGCAUCAAGACAAGACGACAAUAAAAGGUUUAUCAAUAAAUACUAAUGGAAUUCUUAGGCUGUGCCCUCCCAUUUUAUAUAUAUGAUGAAACACUCCUACAUGCAUGUGCUUUAAAUAGUGCAUCAAAUUGGUUUGUACUUUGAUAGUUCACAAAGCACAUUUUAAACUUGUCCUUAUAUUAAUUCAAAUUGCGUUUUAAACUUUCCAGUGUUGUGUGCGCAAGAUAUUUUUAUGCGAUUGGCUUUAACAGAAUUCCGAAGUUAAAUUUUAAGAAGGAUUUUGGUGUUCAAGGAAUCAAAGGACUUUCAACUGCCCGCGCGUAUUCAGCUAAAUUUUCUCUUUAGUGGCUAUUUGAAAAUUGUAUAUUAAAAUUGAAAACAUUUUAUUUAUUACUUGGAAACAUGUGAUCAAUUACUUGAGAAAAAUUAUGUGGGAACAAUUCUGUGAAAUUUAUUUAUUUUUAUUAUUUUUGUCGUAGUGUAAUCUCGCAUCGGAGAUGUCAAAGAUUUGAUUAAUAUGAUUAAUAAUUAUUGGCGGCAAAUUUUUUAUGUAGAAAAAGAUGUUUAAUGUUUAUGCUUGUACUUUUAACACAGACAUCUAAGUUUGAUUUUUUGCUUCCAAAACUUAGUACAAACCGCAAACCUCCCUGGCAAAGAGUGUCUUUCUUGGAAUGAUGAACCAUCUAAAGACCAAACUUCAGAAUCUUUAACGACACCAACUACAAAUGAAGUAACUGACACACAAAAUAAAAAUUCAAGUCCUGAAACUGCACUAUCAAAAUAUUGUAGGCCUACAUGUCUACCAUAUAAUCCUGAUUUAAAGUAUACUUUAAAUAAAGUACGAACAGUCGAUAACAAAUCACUAACUGAUGUCCAGUUAACGUCUCCUAAUCAAAUACCUGAUUAUAUUUUUCAAACAUUAAUAAUCGGUGAUUAUCGUGCACGUGAAUUUAAAUUUAAACCUGUAACUUCAGAUAAAGAUAAAAUUAAAGAUGAUUAUGAAUAUGAUGAAAGUGAAGGUAACGAUUUAGCUAUCAAUCCAAUGGAUGCAUUUCUAGGUAUUUUUCACUGUUCCGAUGAAUUUGUGCGACGAUAUCUUUCCAUAAAAUUGUCUGUAUGCCAACUUAGUGUUCCGUUUCUUUUGCCAGACCCACUGGCGCCUUCUGGAAACAUUACAAUUUUGCUUUCAGCCUUAAAAGGCAUCACCAAAACUUGGAAAGGUGCGUGCAAUAACAACGAAAGCGUGAAACAGGUGUUUGCAACUGAAUAUCCAUUUCCUGUUGUCUCUUUUAUUCGCAUUGGCAAAAGUGCAAUGUCGAAAUCAUCCUUGAUGAACAAAAUUAUGAGUGAUGCGAGCGGAGGUCAUAACUUCUUUUUCUGCAAAAGUAUGGAGGGUGGCAACGUGGAAAGAAAGGUCGUUGAUGGAUUGGUUGAAUUGACUUGGUAUCUUCCUGGCGGGAGUAAAAAACAAGCAUUCCUAAAUGAAAUAUGUUUUGCAAAUCUCCGUGGAGACGCCAGAUAUUUCAAGAAGCAAUUAGAUCUUUUGUUGGAUAUAUCAUCCGUGGUAUGUCUGUUACUACCUUUGGAAUAUGCUGAUACAACUAUGACCGACAUUUUGGACGAGGCAACGAAAUCAAAAGCAAAAGUCAUUCUUAUUUUCAAAGAACGAUCCACUAGUAAAUAUUUCAACGAUUUAAAAAGCAAACACCGUGAAAAGUUGUCUUUGAUAACGAAAGCCAAACAAGCCAAUAAAUACGAUUUUUUGCAAAAGGUACGAGAAUGUAUUCAAGAGAAUAUACAUACAGUGAAGGCAGAACCCCUAGUGAAACUUACAUCUUGUGUAAAUAAAUAUGGUAUUCACCUUGAUGACGGCGAUCAAUCAUAUCUCAGAUUGGGAGAAAGCGUAGACACUUGGUUAAAACUGGGGAUCGAACAAGCAAAAAACCUUCUGAAAUUACAAAUGCACGUUCCAGUAUUGGCGGACUUGGAACGCGAAAAAUAUUGUCCAAAACGUCUGGGAAACAAAAAUGAUAGCGGUCGCAUUAAACGAGAUACUGACGAAAUUUAUAAGGAUAUUGAAGCAGAAAUGACGGACCAAAAAGAAUCCUUGGCGCAACUAGACGAAAGAAUUCUUCAUUUUCUUAAUCGUCUUCCUUCGAUGGAUGAAAUUUGUCGAAAUCGCGUUUUGUAUAACAUAAAGCAUCAGUUAGAUAAGAUGUCUUUGCAGGAUAUGGCAAAGUUGCAUCAAGAAUAUCGUGUCGCUUCGUUUAAUUUUCGGAGGAAAAAAAUGGAAACCCGCCAGAAGUCAGACACACAAUCAUCUGAAGAGGAACGUUUAAAACAGUUGGAAGAAUCAAUCGCAAAAUGCUCCUUUGGUUUAGAACAUAUUAUCAGAGAGCUUGCGCAGCUAUACCAACUUGCAGAUGGCAAAAACGAGUACGCAAGCGCUGCAGCAGAGAUCCUACUUUCAGGACAUCCCCUUGAGCUACUAGACGGCGAUUCCUCCUAUAUUCCACUAGAGUGGUUUGAUGCUGUAUAUGCCAAACUAGAGCAGAAAACGAACAAUGCCAAAAUAUUUGUAAUUUCCGUGAUAGGAGUUCAAAGUUCAGGUAAGUCGACAAUGUUAAACACAAUGUUUGGUGUAGAGUUCUCAGUAAGUGCAGGUAGGUGUACUCGUGGCGCUUUUGCUAGUCUUAUUCCAGUUAGUGAUUCCCUUAAGACUGCGUCAAAUUUUGAUUAUGUUUUGAUCAUUGAUACUGAAGGUCUUAAAGGAUCUGGAGAUCCUCAAUUACGAGAACAUGACAAUCAGUUGGCAACUUUUGCAAUUGGUGUGGCCGAUGUAACCAUAGUGAAUAUUUUUGGUGAAAAUCAUAAUGAAAUGAAAGAAUUCCUGGAAAUAACUGUGCACGCUUUCUUGAAGAUGAAGCUUGUCGAAGAAAAAAAAGCUUGUAAAAUUGUUCACCAAAAUGUUGCAGCUACGGAUGCGCCCGAAAAGUUGAUUAUCGCUCGUUUUAAACUCAAACAGGAUCUAGAUAAAAUGGCAAAGGUUGCUGCUACUGAAGAAAAUUGUGAAGACAAGUUUAAAAAAUUUAAUGAUAUAAUUUCAUUUAAUGAAAACGAUGACGUAUUUUAUAUACCAAACCUCUCACAAGGUAGCCCCCCAAUGGCUCCGGUGAACCCUGAAUAUGGAAGAGCUGUCCAAGAAAUAAAAGAAAACAUCAUUACCUUGAUGUGUUUAGAAGAUAGAUUCCAACUUUCUGUAUCUCAGUUUCGAAAGAGAGUCACCAAUCUUUGGGAAGCCAUGUUGAAGGAAAAUUUCAUAUUCAGUUUUCGUAAUACGAUCGAAGUCAGAGCCUACACGUCUUUAGACCGAAAAUAUUUCGAGGAAUUAGUGAAUUUGAUGGUGAUAGGAAUGUCAGAGCUUGUAACCAAACGUCGAGUGGCUCUGAACAAAUGCACAACACAAGAUGAACGCAAAGAAGAAUGGGAAGCGACCAAAAGACAGAUACGUGAAGAAGCAGAGGUAAUCAGGGAAAAAAUGGCAAUUAAAAUGGAAGUCUUCUUUGAAACCAAUGAAGAUAAAGCAACCCUUGAACAAUGGAAAGAAAAUGUGAGGAUUAAAAUUAUACAAACCAAGGAAAAUCAAGUAAUGGAGGCCACUAAAAAAUUAAAAGCAGCCUACCAAUAUUUGGAGAAUCGACAUGAGGCUGAUAAAAAGAAACAAACGUAUGAAACAGAGCUUCUCCAAACAGCUAAGGAAUUUAUAUGUUCAGCUCAUAGUACCGAUGAUGUAAAGAAAUCCAAAGUAGCAUUCGAACAAGAAUGGCAGCAAUGGAUUGUAAAGGUUCCACAAUGUCAGGAAAUUAGAAUGAACGUCAACACAGAAAUGGUAGAUGUUCUUUCCGACACGAACCCGGUUUUAAACACGGUAAUAAGAGACAAAUUAAAACAAGAAAGCUAUUCCAUAUCAAAUUUCAAGGAAAUUAUUCCAAUUAUUGAUAUUGAUCAACUUACCAUAACCUCCUCUGGUAAUACUCUUUUCAAUUUCAUCGCACGACAACAACAACGACAACAACAAAUUUUAUUUGCGGCUGAAGCAAUCAGCGACCGAGCAGUUGCUGAAGCGCUUGAUGUUGCGAAAAUGAUGUCAAAAUCAGGAGUUAGGUGUUCACUCAAUGACUUUACACAAAUAUACCACAAAGUUAUUACCACAAUAGACAACGAAACGGAGAAAUCUGACUUUAAAUUUCGUAAAUGUUUGAAAUGCGAUAUCUUGCUCUAUACUUUUGCUCACGCUUUCGAAAUUUUUGAAGAAAUGGAAGAACGUUAUUUCCAAGUACAAGACAUUAGACGUGACCUGGAAGAAAACCUGCGACCAUCGUUAGAAGAAUAUUUCGUAAAUAUCUGCAGCGAGAUGAUGGGAAAAGAAGUGGCAGCUGCUACUUCAAUCGCAAAUAAACUUCAGAAACCAAUUGAAUCAGAACUAAACCGGACCAUGGGUGCUGUAGUGGCGAAAGAGAUAAAGAAUAACAGGUCAGAUUUUCAGAGUAAAGGUCAAUUUCAUGCUUCUGUUCUCAUUCAGCUUGGAGAGGAAGGUAAGUUUGAAUCGUACAUUCCUUAUCUUAAAAAUCCAGUUAAAUUUCUAAAAGCCAAAUUAACAGAAUCAAUUGAAAAUUACUGUUUAGAGGAUUCGCAUGCCUCUGUAACGUUACUUCUUGAAAACGAAGCAAAACAGAUAAAAAACAAAUUGUUUGCUGCUAUUUCAACUGCCAGCGGGGCGCAGACAAGAACUGGAAGCGGAAAACUGAUUUGCUGGAUAGAGAAAUUUGUUGAUGGUUAUCCUACACUCGAUAUCACGAAAGAAAAGUUCCCAGUGGCUGCAAUUAGUGAUGAUCUGUUCAAAAUUGACGUGUUUGAGGCUAAAAUUCGGGAAAAUGUAACACAGUUUUUGGACUCAUUGAUCAAACGUGGGGUGGAUCCCGCAACUAUUCGAAAAUGGAAUCCAGCACCGCAUUAUCUGCUUGAGUCAAUGUUUGGUUGUCUACUUUGUUGCCCAUUGUGCAAGGCUUUGUGUGAUCAAACCGUUAAAAAUCAUUUAGGAAAUCACUUUACAAGAAACCAUUGUCCACAGGGUGCAACCGGUUGCAAAAACGAGCAUACAAAAAUAUUAGUCAGUACUAUUUGUACGAGAGAUGUCGCUAAUGAUAACAUGAGUUUUAAAAACGCAUGCACAUCCAAAGAAUGGCAUCAUUAUAACGAUUAUCAGUCCGUCAAUGAUUAUUAUAAAUCCUGGUCAAUCCCCCCAGAUCCAUCAUUUGAAACGUCCACCUAUUGGCAGUGGUUCAUGGCCACCUACUCUAAAGAGUUGGCAGAACACUACAAGGCCGAGGAACCCGACAUCCCCGUUGCUUGGAAAAAACGCACGUUCAGCGAGGUAAGAGACAUUCUUCGACAGGAAUACAACAUGUAAAUUAAUAUUAUUAUACAUUAUGAAUAUGGCGAGGGGGUUAUGAUAAUCUACAUUUUAUAGGUUGGGGGUGAAUAUCAAGAUUUUCAACUGUAAUUUGUAACUUACUUGACCUAAUAUAAGUGUAUCGACACGUUUUAAUGUAUUUAAUAAAAUUUAAAAACCAUACAAUAAAAAAUAAAUAAAGUAAUCGUAUAUGAUACGCCAUAAGCUAUAGAUAAUUCAAAACAACAAAAUGAUAAAGAGUUAAACGUUUGAUCGUUAAAAACUGGUAAUAAGUUUGGUAACUGAAAUUUCACCAUUAUAAAUAGUCAAAAAAAUUCCCCUAUUUGAACUAUUUAUUUUGUAAAGCCCUGGGCAAACUAGGAAACAUUGUUGCGGAAACAUUUGUGAUUCUUGAUGCUUCCUCAAAUGUUUCCAUGUUUGCCCACCCGUGGAAACAUUGUUGCGGAAACAAAAUUUGCUUCCCAGGAAGCAAAAAUGUUUCCUGUCAAAUUCAGAAACAUUUGAUGUUUCCCUAUGUUUCUCACUAAUGUUUCCUAGUGUUUGCCCACUCAGGGAAACAUGGCGAAACAUUGGCAGGAAACAAUGUUUCCGCAACAAUGUUUCCUAGUUUGUCUUGGGCUUAAGAAAGCAUAUAUACCAAACUUUUAUAAGUGUCUUGCAUUCUGAUAAAUUACUGAAUAAUACUUGAACUGAUGUAACUACUAUAAUUGCCCAAACACUCAAUAUUAAUGCUAUCAUAUAUGCCUUACGUACACUCGUACAGUUACUAUAUACUACUUAUAGAUAAGUGCACAAAUAUUACGAUAUAAUCUUUACCGGUAUGUGCAAAUAUUACGAUAUAAUCUUUAUACUGGUAUGUACAGUGCACUACUACCACUACUACUACUACUACUACUACUACCACUACCACUACCACUACCACUACUACCACUACUACUACUACUAGUUUUUAUUGAAUAUAUAGUGGUAAAGUGUAUGUGAUACAAACAUUAGUAGGGUAUUGAGAAACAGGUGAUGUCUCUUCGACUUUUAGAUCUUUACUUUAGAUAUAUGUCACUUAUUAGACAUAAGUCAUUAUAAUAGUUUUGUUUGUGGAAACACCACGUAAAUUUAUUACUGCAAAGUUUUCGAUCCGUAAGCCCGGAUCUUCAUCAGUGCUAAUCAGUAUGUUGCUAAGUCAUUAUGUUAUCAAUUACCUUGUAUAAAUAUGGAUUAGAAUGUUAGUUAUAAACACUACUAUUAGCAAUGUACAUAUCA